AUGGAGGAUCUCUUUCGGGACACAGUUGUCGGACAGAUCUUACGACUUGUUACAGGAAGAAGGAUUCUCCAAUAUCCCGAGGAGCGAGAUCCGUCAAUAUGGCAAAGGUAUCUCAACGUUGAGAAGUCGGCUAACAUGGCUAUCCACGGUAGCACGGCUACACCUCAAUUAGAAAAGGAUCUUGGUUCUGCGUCUUCAUCUGGGCCACCGACACCUGAAAGUGAAGAGGAGCAGCAACGAGAAACGCCCUCAGUUGACGGCCAAGCCGCAAUCCCACCAGAAGCAAAGGAACAGUUAAAUCUGCCGUCCACCCCUCAACAUCCGGAUUCCAAUCUCCAAGGACCCUCUCGCCGUUCUUCACACUCAGCAUCGACAGCUAACGAGCCCGACAAUGUCCUGGUCAAUACCCUCAGUGGCACAAGGGUCGACCCUGAGAGAGGACGGGACACAGACAUUGUUGAUUGGUAUGGUCCUGACGAUCCAGAAAACCCCCGCAACUGGGGACGAGCCAAAAAAAUAUGGGUUACCUUCGAGAUUUGCCUGUUGACCUUUUCCGUCUACAUUGGCUCGUCGAUAUAUACUGCUGGGAUAUUGGACGUGAGCAAAGACUUCGGCGUCAGCCGUGUCGCCGCCACUCUCGGACUGACGCUGUUUGUGUUGGGCUACGGAAUUGGUCCAAUGUUUCUGAGUCCCUUGUCGGAGCUUCCGCAGACUGGAAGAGGCCCGAUCUAUAUCGGAACCCUGGCGCUCUUCGUCAUCCUGCAGGUGCCGACUGCUUUGGCAACCAACUUCGGCAUGCUGAUGGCAUUUCGUUUCAUCACGGGUUUCGUUGGAUCGCCGCCUCUCGCCACCGGCGGCGCCACGAUCGGGGACAUGUAUUCUCCUGCCAAAAGAACGUACGGCAUGGCGGUAUGGGGCAUUGGAGCUGUUUGUGGACCUGUCAUGGGGCCUCUCGUCGGGGGUUUUGCAGCAGAAUCAGAGGGAUGGGCCUGGACAAUCUGGGAACUCAUGUGGCUCUCGGGAUUCACCUUGGUCGUCCUCCUGUUGUUGCUGCCCGAGACCUCUUCGGCCAAUAUCCUUUACCGACGCACGAUGCGCCUUCGCAAAUUGACGGGCAACCAAAAACUCAUGUGUGAGCCGCAGCUGCUCGGCGAAACCAUGACGCCCAGGGAAAUCGUCAUGAUGACGCUCGUCCGCCCUUUUCUACUGUGCUUUACGGAACCCAUGGUCUUCCUGCUGAAUAUGUACAUCGCUCUUAUCUACGGCCUGCUGUACAUCUGGUUUGAGAGCUUCCCCAUCGUCUUCAAUGGGAUAUACGGCUUCAGUCUGGGUCUGGAAGGGACUGCGUUUAUGGGCAUUCUCGUUGGCGUCUUGAUCACACUUCCCCCGUUCAUCUGGUAUCAACGGAAAUACAUCGAGCCCAAAAUCAACGACAAAGGCGAGCUCCAGCCCGAAUGGCGCCUUCCACCUGCCUUUGUCGGUGCCUUCGCCAUCCCAAUCUGUCUGUUCUGGUUUGGCUGGUCUGCCCGGCCGGACAUCCACUGGAUCAUGCCCAUCAUCGGCACGGCCUGGUUUUCUAUCGGCGCGUUCUUGCUCUUUAACUCGGUCCUCAAUUACCUGGCCGACGCAUACCCGGCGUACGCUGCCAGUGUGCUGGCCGGCAACGACUUCUUCCGAUCCUCUUUCGGUGCAGGCUUCCCACUUUUUGCCUCGGCCAUGUACAAAAACCUUGGAGUCGGCUGGGCGAGUUCGACAUUGGGCUUUCUGGCCAUUGCCUUUAUCCCCAUCCCUUUCUUCUUGUUCAAGUACGGUGAACGACUGAGGGUGAGGAGUAGAUAUGCCCAGAAGGACUACUAG